AUGUCGUCGUCGAAUAUCGUCCCUUUUUCUGAGCCGCCUUGGUUGGCAGGCUUUCCUUCCCCCUACUACAAAGAAACGCACAAGCGGUUUCAGAAAGCAUGUCGAGCCUUUAUCGAAGAACACCUAAUGCCCUAUGCUAUGGAGUGGGAGCGCGAGGAAACCGUCCCGGACCAUCUCUUUGAGACGUUUAAAAAACACAACAUGUUGAUCCCUAACCUCCCUGCGCCUCUGCCCGUGGAAUGGCUGAAAAGAGUGGGCAUCAACGAUAUCUUGGGGACGCCCGUGGAGGAAUGGGACUAUUUGCACACUGGAAUAUACCUGGACGAAAUGGCCAGACCUGGUGUCACUGGCCCAGGCGGUUCCAUGACUGCCGGCCACUCAUUUGGCAUUCCUCCCAUCAUCAAAUUCGGCAACAAGGCGCUGCACGAGAAAUUCCUUCCGGAGCUUCUGCCGGGGAAGAAACGAUGCUGUAUUGCCAUUACGGAGCCCAGCGCUGGUAGUGACGUCGCCAACAUCGCAACAACGGCAGUGAAGACACCAGAUGGAAAGCACUACAUCAUCAACGGGCAAAAGAAAUGGAUCACCAAUGCUUUCUGGUCCGAUUAUGCGGCCAUGGCUGUCCGCACGGGUGGUCCUGGAGCUGCGGGUCUGAGCAUGAUUGUCUGCCCGUUGAAAGGGUACCCCGGCGUGAACAUGCGCCGACUCAAGGUUGCCGGACAAGUCAGCGCAGGGACAACUUACAUCGAGCUCGACGACGUGAAGGUGCCCGCUGAGAACCUCAUCGGCGAGGAGGGUAUGGGAAUGCGCUACGUCAUGACCAAUUUCAACCACGAGCGGUUGCUCAUCGCUGUUGGGGUGACGCGACAAGCACGCGUCGCUCUUUCCGCGGCGUUUGAGUAUGUCAUGAAACGCGAGGCAUUUGGGAAGGCGUUGAUCGAGCAGCCGGUGGUCCGUCAUCGGCUGGCCAAGGCAGGCGCAGAGCUGGAGUCGCUGCAGGCCUGGGUCGAGCAAUUCGUGUAUCAGAUGACUCAGCUCACCAAGGCAGAAGCAGACGUCAAGCUUGGUGGGUUGACAGCGCUCGCCAAGGCCAAGGCCGGGAUGGUCUUGAAUGAAUGUGCUCAGACCGCAGUGCUGCUGUUCGGCGGUAACGGAUACACGCGAACAGGACAGGGCGAGAUCGCGGAACGGAUGUAUAGAGAGGUCCCCGGCGCCCGGAUACCUGGUGGCAGCGAAGAUGUGAUGCUUGAUCUGGCCAUCCGGCAGCUGGUCAAGAACUAUCGCAAUGCUACCAAGACGUUGGAGCGGCCGAGAGGGAGUAGCAAGAUAUAG